AUGACAGCCUCCAUUCCCUGCCCCCCUCGGGGCAUCUACGUCCCCGCCGUCGCCUUCUUCAACCCCGACGAGACAAUCGACUUUGACGCCAUCCGCGCGCACCUCACGCGCCUCGCCAAGGGCGGCGUCGACGGGCUCGUCAUCCAGGGUUCCAACGGCGAGGCCAUGCACAUGCUGCACGACGAGCGCCAGCAGGUGCUGCGCCUGGCGCGCGAGGUCCUCGACGAGCACGGCAAGCCAGGCGCCGUCAUCGUUGCGGGCUGCGGCGUGCAGAGCACCCGCGAGACGAUCCAGCUGUGCAAGGAGGCCAAGGAGGCGGGCGCCGACUAUGCGCUGGUGCUGUCGCCGAGCUAUUGGGUCGGCGCAAUGCAAAAGCCCGUCAUCUUCAACUUCUUCCACGACGUCGCCGCCGCCUCGCCGCUGCCCAUCCUGCUCUACAACUUCCCCGCCGUGACGGGCGGCAUCGACCUCGACUCGGACCUCAUCGCCAGCCUCGCCGCCGCCAGCCCCAACAUUGUCGGCUGCAAGCUGACCUGCGGCAACAUGGGCAAGCUGCAGCGCAUCGCCCACGACCCGCGCAUCGGCCGGCCCUUUGCGGCGUUUGCCGGCAAGACGGACUUCUUCCUGCACGGCCUGGUCGGCGGCUCGCACGGCGUCAUCGCCGCCACGGCCAACCUGCUGCCCAAGACGCACGCCCACAUGCUGCGGCUCUACGACGAGGGCAGGCUGAAGGAGGCGCAGGAGCUGCAGACGCGCUUCAGCAGGGCCGACUGGGCGCUGGUGCAGCUGGGCAUCGCGGGCAUCAAGGCGGCGCUGCAAAAGUACUAUGGCUACGGCGGCGGGAGGAGCAGGCGGCCGCUGGGGAGCACGGUGGAUGCGGCGAAGCUGGAUGGCGAGGUGGAUGCUGCGGUGGGGGGGCUGAUAGAGCUUGAGAAUUCAUUGUGA